UUUUUAAUGUAGCAGAAAUAAAGUUAGUCAUUUAUCUUAAGAUAUUAUCUUUUAACUACCAUCACAUUUUCGUUCAAAAUAUUAAGACAGGUAAGUAUACGAAAUAUCUCUCACCAAUAUCACUUUUACAUAAAAUAAGUGACCCUUAUUCACAAUUAAUAUCUCAUCAAUACAUAGUAUUCAACCAAAAGGUAUAGAAUAAGAAUCAGAAGAGAACAAUUCACUUCUAUAGUAUUUACAUAAGAUGAGAAUAAAAGGAACAAAAGCAAAAUGACAUGGUGUAGUAGUUUUAUAAAAGUGUCAUUCACCAAGUUCGUUUACAUUAAUGGUGGUGGUGGUGGUGGGCCCCAUGGUGGCUUCAUUAUCAAUGAUCCCUUCCUCGCCGACCAAAGAAAAUAAGAAAGCAUUACAAAACAGAAUGCAAACACAGUACAACGUUAAACAACACUGUCUCAUUAGGGAAGGAAAAAAAAAACACUCUCUAUCAAACUGAACACUCUUCAUCAUGCUUCUAUCACAUUCCACUCGAUAAAAAAAGAAUCUUUCUACCAUAAUUCGGAUACCCUUUAAUGGCAAUGAAACUCUGGUGCCACUGCUUUCUCUAACUCAAGGAUUUAGAAACAGUAACAACAAAGUGGUUAAUAUUUUCAAUGGCGGUUGAGUAUAAGUGUUGUGAAACAGAGUUUUUCAUAAGAAUUGUGAUAAUUGUGUUGCUUGUUGUGUUUGCUGGAUUGAUGUCAGGGCUCACCUUAGGUCUUAUGUCUUUGAGCCUUGUUGAUCUUGAGGUUCUUGCUAAGUCUGGUACCCCUCAGGAUCGAAAACAUGCUGAGAAAAUAUUGCCUGUUGUAAGAAAUCAACAUCUAUUGCUUUGUACCCUUCUAAUAUGCAAUGCUGCAGCCAUGGAGGCACUUCCAAUUUUUCUUGAUAGUCUUGUUGUUGCUUGGGGUGCUGUCCUGAUUUCAGUUACAUUAAUUCUUCUCUUUGGUGAGAUUAUUCCUCAAUCAGUUUGUUCUCGGCAUGGUUUAGCAAUUGGUGCAAAAGUGGCUCCAAUUGUUCGUGUUCUUGUAUGGAUAUGUUUUCCUGUUACUUAUCCAAUUAGCAAGCUGUUGGAUUUUUUGCUGGGGCAUAGACAUGAAGCCCUUUUCCGCAGAGCUGAGUUGAAAACACUUGUAAAUUUGCAUGGUAAUGAGGCUGGGAAAGGUGGUGAACUAACACAUGAUGAAACAACUAUCAUUGCUGGUGCACUUGAACUCACUGAGAAGAUAGCUGGUGAUGCCAUGACUCCUAUUACUCAAACAUUUUCUAUUGAUAUUAAUUCACUACUAGAUAGGUGAGGUGUCUCAAUAAGAUUAAAAUUGUAAAAUAUGUAUGAUGAGAUUGAUAUGCUUUUGUAUUUUUUGUUGAUCAAGAAUUUGUUAACUACUGACCCAGAAGAAGAAGUACCCGUGAAAAGUGUGACCAUGCGCAAAAUACCAAGGGUUCCAGAAACAAUGCCACUUUAUGAUAUAUUGAAUGAAUUCCAGAAGGGACAUAGCCACAUGGCUGUUGUUGUGAGACAAUUUGACAAGACAGGGCAACAAUCUUCCAACAAUGUUAAUUUCAGUGAUUCAGUAAGAGAUGUGAAGGUGAAUAUUGAUGUGGAAAAACCUCCUCAAGAGAAAAUGUUGAAAAACAAGAUGCAACUUCAUAAGAAGAAAAGCAUACCAAAUGCAAGUAAUUCGUAUAGGAGCAGUGGUUCUAAGAGCAAAAAAUGGUCACAAAAUAUAUAUUCAGAUAUUUUGGAAAUUGAUGGAAAUUCAAUUCCAAAACUCCCUGAAAAAGAAGAAGCUCUUGGAAUAAUUACGAUGGAAGAUGUCAUUGAAGAGCUUUUGCAGGAGGAGAUCUUUGAUGAAACAGAUCAUCAUUUUGAAGAUUCAUAACAAUAAUCUGUCCAUUGCUCCUUUGAUUGGCAUAUUAUUUUUUUAUAUAAGAAAGUUAGUAGUUAAUAUGUGUUCAGGGAGAGAUGAAAAUAUUAGUAGUAUAGAUUGAUCUAUGGACUUUCCUGUACCUCACUACUUAUCAUAUUUUUCUAUGUUUCUAGAUUUAUAUAUAAUUAAUUGAAUUAGAUAAUCAUUUCCUGUUA